AUGGUUACUCUCUCCAACUCUAUGAUGCGUGCUGCGUUUAGUGUCGGCGCAGAGGUAUUCUGGUGGUCAUCCCUGGUUCCCCAAUCUGGCACCACCCUCGGAGAACUACAUUACAUCUGGGACUUGGCAUACAACUCGCUAUCGACUAUUACCAACUUCGAAUCGUUUCAGCCACUUAUUCGCCUUUCCAAUAUGCUCGUUAUAGCUAUUGCUGUCAACGGACCUCUGCUUCAACGUGCCAUCCGCGUUGAACUUGACACCCGGACAAGCUUCCAGGAACAGACAUUGGAAAUACGCCGUGAACCAAUGUGGGAUUUGACCGCGAAGACUCAAGGCUUGAACGGAUAUGUCUUCUCAAUAGUACCAUAUCAGGAUGAAUUCGCCGAAGCUGUUCUUGAACAGAGACAACGCGAACCAAUCCAGCUCCCCACGCCAGCCUGCCCCUUGGAUGCAACUUGUAUGACAAGCGUGGUCGUAGCUGGGUUCACGCGACAGUGUUCGGAUUCGGAGGAAACUACGAGGGGACUCCUAUCUCUACCUUCCGCGAGUGCCAUCAUCUUUCAAACUUCGGGUUCUGAUCCCUCCGUAUCAGCGCACGAGUGCAGUCAAACAGGCGGGUAUUCAAACAGAACACAAUCAAAGAUGGACAGCGGCAUGUGCGUGUCCCUCACAACGUACUUUCAACUGCAUUUUGAGAAUCCCUCCCACAGGCUGAUGAGCCCUUCUCCUGGAGAGCUUCCUUGGAAAGCGCCGGAUCUACCUCCCGGUCGGGCCAAGUACACAUCCUACGUACGCACCAAAACUUCCGUUGAUACUGUGGCUGUGCGGAAUUGCAACUUUUCCACUUCGUUUAUUGAGCUCCCCAUCAGAAUCUCCAACGGCACUACUGUCACAAUGCUGAGUGCGGAAUCUCCCAUCGGACUAAGUAGCACCAACGGCAUUGAGUCCAUUCCCCAUCCUUUGAAUGACACGGGCGAACUCGACUACUUGUUCACUGGUGGUUUCGUCCAGGCGCUCAGUGAUAUGUACAGCGGAUACAUUGUGUAUAAUUCCAUCGAUCCCGGCCAUAUGGUUCACGGCUCAGGUCCUCGCCAAUUCAUCAACCAGAGCAGCAUUGUUCCUAUUCGGAACAAAGGUCUUCCCUCGCCGGAACCAAAUAGUGCAGAAUUUCAUUUUCCAUCUAAUGGGUAUGAUUUCUCCUGCUUUGACCCGCUCAACGAUUUCGUUACCAGCCUCAACGAGCUUUCGCUACGGUAUGCUAUCAAAUCCGUAUCAGAUAAGGGCUUGCGUGCGACAGAGAUUGGAGGUCUUAUGCGAUUCUUUCAACAUAAUCAGUCCUAUUUUGAUAGCCUAAAUCUACGUCCAAAGGCCGUACCGCUUCUAGGCACAAUCAUCUCACCGACCCAGGUCGCCAGCAUGACAGUGAGCAAAGCCAUUCCUGUCUAUAGGCUUUUUGGCUUCACUGUUUAUUGUCUUGCUGCUCAUGGGAUGGAGAAAGCUGGGGCGGACCGUAUCAUUGUCGCCGCUUGA